CUUGACUCCAGUCUAUCAAUUCGUUCCGUAUCAUAUGGGUGCAGUGAAUCUAAUAAUCCGUAGUAGUUGGUUUUGUUUAUAAAUUUAAAUUUAUAUGACGAGGGUAGUAGCAAUAUUAUAAUAAGUGAAUUCCCUCUUCAUUCACAUUCUCUAUAAUGGAUUUGUGGCACAAGGCACGGAGUUUCGCGGAGGAAGCCGCAAAGCGAUCACAGGAUUUUACUAUACGUACACAGGAGCUCACUAUUGGCACUUCCAAGUUAUCCGACGUCGUUUCCGAAGCUUCUAAGCAGAUCGUUGCCGAAGCUUCCAAACGCGCCGAGCAGAUCAAGUUUCAAAUCCCAUCCGCGGUUGCCUUCUCUAGCAUUUUGGACUCCUCAUCUUCCUCUCAAACUGCUUUGGCUGCUCCGACGCCGGCUGAUCUCGAAAAGUAUGGAGUCACUGAUGAAUUGAGAGAGUUCGUUAAAGGCAUCACUAAGAACACAUUCCAGAAUUUUCAACUUCAAGAUGAAUCAGAGAUGCCUGAUAUUCCUACAGUCUCAAACAUUCGGCAGGAUCUUACCGAAUUUCAGGAAAAACAUGCGAAACUUGUUCUUUCAUCUGUCAAGGAAAUCUCAAAGCUGAGGUAUGAGAUAUGCCCACGGAUAAUGAGAGAGCGAAAGUUUUGGAAAAUCUACUUCAUUCUAGUUAAUAAUCAUUUGGCACCGUAUGAAAAGAAAUACACGGGCGAAAUAUCUGCUGAAAAGGCAAAUGUCGAGGAGGCAAAGGAUAUUUCAUCGGCCGGAUCAACUUCUAAAUCAGUGAUUGAGGCGACAACCCAGACCAACAAGAAGACAGCCUCAUCAACCGCUGACCAGGAUUUGGAUGUUUUUCUUCUCGGAGAGGACAGUGAUGAAGGGCCAGAUGAUGAGGAGAGUGCUUUUGAUGAUGAUUUUGACAAGAUAUAGAUAGCCUGCAGGAAAAGGUGAAACAUCGGAAACUAAGAUCACACAUUAGCUAUUUGCUCUGCUUAGAGAAAUUGAGGUUGAAAUACAUCAGGAUGUUACAUGCAUGCACAAUAAAUCCAGCUCAGAUCAAAUAUACUCGAAUACUUUUUACCUUCCUCAGCAUUCAUCUUGCCCGUUUCUUCAACCUUUUUCUUUCUUUUUUAACUUUUAUUCUGCUUGCUGGAGCUGCAGAAGAUAAAGGUAGGUCACCGAGGUCAGUUGGUACAUAAUGAUGUUCGUUUUGGAGAUGUAAAGUCAAAAUUCUUUUAGUGGCCUUCUAUUUAGCUGUAGCACUGGUUACUUUAAUUUUUAGUUCUACACAUCAGCUUCCCUACAGGCUACAUAUAGUUUUUAAAUUCAGGCUACGUUUAACUUUUAAA